CCGCAGACUACGCAAGUUAAAAGAUAAGGUUCACUUGUGGAUAUCAUUGCGAUCAUGAGCGGAAUCGAGUCUCAAGACAUUAUUGAUGCCAGGCUGCCGCCAGACCAUUGCCUACCUAUGAUUAUGGUCAUGGGGGUCACCGGUGCGGGAAAAAGCUACUUCAUCAAUCAGAUGGCAGGGAAGAACAUCGUUGAGGAGGGAGCUUCCCUCAAUUCUUGUACCCAACAGUGUACAAUGGUUCCUAUCUCGGUCGGUAGUCUUAAAGCAUUGGUCAUCGAUACACCCGGCUUUGACGAUACCGAUCGCAAGGACGCAGAUAUCCUCGGCGAGAUCGCAAAACUUCUGACAAGCCAAUUUGCCUUGGGGUUCGAGUUGAAGGGAAUCAUUUAUAUCCAUCGAAUUACGGAUAAUAGAUAUGCAGGCUCUGCAAUCAAGACUUUUGAGGUAUUCAAACGCAUAUGUGGAGAGAAAGCAAUGGCAAACGUUGUUCUAGUUACCAGUCGGUGGGACGAAGUUGGGGAGCCGGUAGGGGCAAGCAGGGAGCAUGAACUCCGGGAACGGUUUUGGGCAUACAUGCUCGGUCAUGGAUCUGGUCUCAAUCGCUACCAUGGAGACCGCGAUUCAGCCCGCGCCAUCGCUUCACAGCUCUUACUGAAAGAUACCGUCGUGCUGCAAAUUCAAGAUGAGAUUGUUAAUAAGGGCAAGAACCUUGACCAAACAGCGGCUGGGUCCUACGUUGACGACGGCGUUACCAAGUUGAAAGCCCAAUUCGAGAAAGAUUUGCGAGAUCUCGAGGAGCUCCGUCGUCAGCUCCGCGAGGGAGACCGCCUGAUGAAGCUCCAGGUUCAAUCAGAUAUGCAGAUACAAAGAGGAAAGCUGACGGAAGUCGAGAAGCAACAGGUAAGCCUGAAACGAGACAUUGUGGCCGAGGUUGAACAAGAGAUCAAGGCUAAGAAGUCACAUUGGCUUUCAGGUGCCAAGAAAGCCCUCCCCCUUUUGCCUGUCGCGGUAAAUCUGUUGCUUCUAUUCGUGGGCAUGCCGCCUGUAGGAGGGCUGGUGAGUGUUUUGACAGAGUUAUUUAGCAGUGGAUCGUGAUGGGUUGUCAUUAUGGGAUGUAUGCAUGUUGAUAUUUUCACCUGAAACUUCAUUAUUUAGUUAGUAGCCACUCAUGAAGUGCUUUUCGCAAGUUCCUGCUAUACUUAGGCAAUAGAUC